UAGUGUGGCCUGUGGUGCUGUCUUUGAGAGUCUUCGGCUAGACUGAAGCAAUAGUACGCGUCUCUGUGCAGACACUAUGCUUAACAUGGGGAGAGCGCCAUGCUGUUCAAAGGUAGGACUGCAUCGAGGUUCAUGGACUGCCAGAGAAGACAACUUGCUUAUUCAGUAUAUCAACUCCCAUGGUGAAGGCCGUUGGAGUUCUUUACCUGAAAAUGCUGGUCUUCUUCGAUGUGGGAAGAGCUGCAAGCUGAGAUGGAUGAACAAUCUCCGACCUGGUAUAAAGCGAGGCAACAUAACACCCGACGAGGAGCUUAUUCUCCGGCUUCAUGCCCUUCUCGGCAAUCGUUGGUCUCUCAUCGCCGGAAGACUUCCCGGUCGAACAGACAAUGAGAUCAAGAACUACUGGAAUACUCAUCUCAGCAGGAGAUUCAAAAACCCUACCACUGGUAAGGGAACCGAGAAACAAAGUAGCACCCGAAAACGAGCAUCAAAACCACAAAAGAGAAUGCUUUGAAUGAUAAUUUUAUUCUUCUCAAUGAGAGGUAUUUAUACAAGAUGUACAACCCUAGUGUAAUAGGAAGAAAACUAAUUACACGAGAUUAUAGAAGAUUACAGGGAAUUGAUAUCAAUUAGGAAUCCUACCUAAAAUACAAAGUUAACACUUCUCCUCAAGUUGGUGCAUAUAUGUUACUCAUGCCCAACUUGUGUAAGAAACAUGAAAACUCAUGACUUGAAACAACUUUUGUGAGGAUAUCUGCCAACUGAUCCUCUGUUCUUAUUGUUGGUAGCUCAAAUAUUUUUUCUUCU